CAUGGCUUCCAGAUUUUCAGAAUAGAUGAUUUUGACGAUAAAAAAAGGAAUUUGAAGAGUUUUCUGAAUAUGUUAUUCGUAAACGUGCAUCGAGGAGGCGAACCCAAUAAAGGAGCCUCGGGUGAAAUUUGAAGCACCAAACGUUACCAGUGACUGAGUGAGUCUGGCUGUUUUCGCCCAACAGUACUAGCGAGUCUAAAGGCGAUGAAGGCACUACCCCUGAUUGGACCAGUGACAGCAUUAGAGUUCACAGAGAACCACCUUUUGGCCGGGAUUGGUCCGUGGCUUCAUCUGUUUGACCUUAAGACAAAUAAACAUCUAUCGAGCUCAAAAUGCCUCCCUGGUUCAAAGAUCCAUGGAAUGAGACCCGGUGCAGCGUCAAAGGGUUCAGCACUCUUCUGCCUGUUUGGUCAGAAAUUUCUCAGGAUAGCGUCUUUUGAAGAGGCUAGAUCAAGCUUACAACUGGUUCAAGAGCCUACGAGGUUUGAUGACUGGAUCUGGGAUGUUGCCUGGGUAACCUCCAAGGCUGAGUCGACCCUGGCAGUUGCCCAGGGCCACAACUGUGUACAGCUGUAUGACUGGAGGACAAGGACGGUGCUGGAGAGUGUUCAGUGUGAAGAGAUAUGUAUUCUAUAUUGUGCGAGGUUUCUAGGUACGUGUUGGGCUGAUCUGGUGUUGGCUGCUGGAACUGUCUUCAACCAAGUGGUGAUCUGGGCUGUUUGUGGGCAAAAGAAGGAAGGUUUCUCGAAAGUUUUAUAUCGGCUUGGUGGACACCAGGGUGUGAUCUUUUCCAUCGCCUACCAUCCAUCCCUCCAGUAUCUCUGCUCUGUAUCAGACGACCGCAGCCUGCAACUGUGGAAACUGGCUUCACCAAAUGCAGUCGUCGGACAAGAGACGAAAGAGUUCAAACUUGCCGACUGGUCUGAAAUGGAAUUCACCAAGGUCUACAGGUUAUAUGGACAUACUGCAAGAGUUUGGAAUGUGCAAUUGUUGGACCGCUUAUUCAUAACAAUAGGGGAGGAUUCUACCACAUGCGUCUGGGAUUACGCCGGUCAAGUCGUACAGAGGUUCAAAGGUCAUCGAGGGAAGAGCAUCUGGAGUGUGGGGGUCCAUCCAUCGCAGAAUCUCAUUGCAACCGGAGGAGGUGACUGCAGUGUGCGGCUGUGGGAUCUGAAGGCAAAGGGCAAGGUUAACCCCUUCACUUCCAAUGUCCUCCAGCUGCCGGCCAGUUUGUUAAAGGGCGACUUCCCCAGAACCAUCGGCCUCCUUAACGACGAUGCUAUCAUUGUCCUGACCAAUGAGGGCUCACUGCUCCAAUACUCGAUAAUCACAGGCAACUGGAAACAGCUCCUAGUCGAUGAAGCCUACAGAUCAUAUAGUGUCCUAUCUCCAAGUCCCUGUGGAGCGUACGCUGCGCUUGGGAACAUCAGCGGAGGAAUAAAAAUAGUAUCUGUAGCUGACAGCAAGACUGUAGAUCAUCAAGUGUUUGAGGGGAAGAUACACAGCAUCGAAUGGUUAGUGGUGGAUGGAGGAAGUAAUACUGUGCUGGUCUCGGGACCUGAUGGAAAAAUUGUAAUAUAUGAACUAUUGGUAGAAGAUGGUCACAUGGGGACCCUGGUGAAGCUUUUCCAUGAUUUCACACUGCCGUACUGCAAACAGCGAUGGGUAACUAGCGCCAUCCUCCUUCCAGAAGAGGAACUACUCGUCUGUGGCGAUCGCGGUGGGACGCUCCAUGUGUACGACCUUUCCGAUUCGUCAUCGUCCCCGUCCAAAACAUUCCUCAAGGUUCAUGGGAAGUCGGGCGUCAGCCAUGUUUGUUUCCAUGACGACCAUGUAUACAGUUGUGGCAGAGAUGGUAAAUACGUGCAGUAUAGCUUGGAGGAUGGUCAACUGAAGCAACUCAAUGCCAACAAGGUUGCCAAAGGAUUUGAGUGGCUCUGUCAGUUGCUCUUCACAGACAAUGACACAUUUGCGCUCGGAUUUCACACUGUGAACUUUGAACUUUGGAGCCUGAACACCAAUCAGAAGAUGUUGGAGAUUGAGUGCGGAGGCGGACACAGGGACUGGGACUUCUGUUACCAUGACAACCAGGCAGUAUUUGUUUACAUCAAGAAGGGUGACAUUGUUCUACACCAGGGGGAGUUGCGGUCAAAUCAACAAAUCAUAAAGCCACCAUUACAUGGGCGAGAACUGACAGAUGUCAAACACAUCCUGACCACAGGCAACGUCCAUGUUCUGUGUACAAGUAGCGAAGACACUGACGUCAAUAUUGUAGCUGUAGAAUAUAAUGAGGAAGGGAAUGUCACACUUCACCCCCUGAAGACCCUACAGGGUCAUCUCUCUAACGUUCGUUGUCUGGCACUCUCAUCUCCCAAAACUACAGGCAACGUGUCUGAAUUCAUUCUUUUCUCGGCAGGAGGAAGAGCCCAGUUAAAAUCUUGGCGGUUGACGUUGAAAAUUCCCGAUUGCGUGGAAAGAUUCAGGGGUGGUAAUGGUGCUAAACAAGAUUGUGUUGAUGAACCGUUGCGAGAUUUGAAACUUGGUCGUGCUAAUUCCGGUGCUGGUGAAAUUUCACUUGAUAAAACAGACGUGUUACAAGAUGCAAAAGCAGUUUGUAAUUCUCUGAAUCAGAUGGUUGAUUCUGACAUCCAAUCCAUCACGUGCAGUCCUGAUGCCCAAUCUGACACGUGCAGUCCUGAUGUCCAAUCUUUCAUGUGCAUUCUCGAUAGCCAAUCCAUCACAUGCAGUCAUGAACUCCUCAGCACCCACAUGCUACAGUACAAAAGCAAAAAAGCCAGCAAACCGUGGAAGAAAUUUGAAUACGAUCCAAGUUUGGAGACGCGAUUUAUGGCCCUGUCAUGUUUCUGUGCCAAUGAAAUACAUCCCGACUAUGACGACAAAAUACAUUUUAUCAGUGCAGCUUGCUCGGAUGGAUUCUUGCGGUUGUUCAAGUACUGUGUAGGAUUGAACCAAUUUAAACUUCUUGGGGAGACCGAGUUUCACGAUCAUUGUUUACUCUGUGUUGAACAUUUGAUAACAGGAGAGCUGCCCUCACGGAAAGUUUUGCUGUUGUCUGCUGGUACGGAUGGCAGAAUAGCUUUUUGGGACAUUACAAAAACUGUGGCAGCUGCUGGUGUUCAAGAUAAAGUUACAGGCAGUGAUGUCAGUGACGCUGAGGAAAUCUAUGAUGCAGCCGGGGAUACGGAUGUUGCUGCAGCUGGAUGCAUCCGUUCAGAAUCCGUGGAAGUAUUCGUGGAGCCUUCCUGCGUCAUCGAAGCCCACCAGUCUGGUGUGAACGCAUUGGCUGUCCGGAAACUCACUGAUGAUGUCUACCUGUUGGCCAGCGGUGGUGACGACAAUGCUCUUGUCCUGACAGAGUUCUGCAUAACAGAUUCGCCAAGUGCUGUGGCUGCUCGGAGAGAGAUACGCCAGGCAUCUGCCCACGCCACGCAGAUCACAGGGAUCAGAUUCAUAGGGGAACAGUUGAUGACCAUCUCCAUCGAUCAAAGGGCGGUUAGCUGGAAGUGGUCUUUUGAAAAUAAGACUCUGGAAAUCUGUGAAGUCAAGUUUGUGGACGUGGCAGAUAUCUCUUCAUGUGAUCACUGGCGCUACAGCGAUGAAGACGUGGUAGUUUUAUCUGGGACUGGCCUUCAACUUCUUCGACUGCCUCGCAAUAAGGAACCGACCAGUUGAUUGAUGGUGACAAGCAUUGCUCAAUAUCUUGCAUUGGAUGUAAUUUCCACAAUUCAAGUAAUCAAUAAAGUAUUUCUAUUAUC